UCCUCCAGAACCUUCCAGCAACAUCUCAUUUGCUCUUCUUUGUUCCUUAAAAAAGAAAAAUUUUGCUCUUCUCUGGCCUCCACCGCAUGCAUCUCCACCGCCGCUCCAGCCGUUGCUCCAACAUCUCCACCGCCAGGCUGGCCUUAAAGCUCAUGGAGGCUGGAGUACUCUUGGACAAAAAAGUUCCUCCUUCCUCUCCCCCCUCUCACUCUGUCGCUCUGGCCACACAUACCAAAAUACAAACGAAACUACCCUUCUGAUGAAAGUACCCAUUUGGAAGCUAAAUCGCCAAUGAUGCCGAUGCCCACAGUUGAUAGCAGUAUAAUGUUUAUCAAGAAGAGGAGGUUGAUGGAGGUGAUUCCUCCAAGUUGGAGGAAUAUGUGGACAGAAUGGCAGCUACGAGUGUUGGUUCUAUUUAGUCUCUCUACCCAAAUAAUUCUCGUCGUUCUGGGCAAGCGCAGAAAGCGUGUUUCGGGAUCUUGGAUCAGAUUUACUGUUUGGUCAGCCUACUUACUCGCUGACUCAAUAGCAUUAAUGGCUGCUGGCAUAAUCUCAAAUGAACUAGGAGGUGUUAACGAUGCCAAUGGUUUAGUUGAUCCAAAGCAUGAGCUCGUAGCUUUUUGGGCACCCAUUUUGCUAUUGCACUUGGGUGGCACUGAUACCAUUACUGCUUAUUCCUUGGAAGACAACGAGUUGUGGAAAAGGCACUCAUUGGGAGUGGUUAUCCAAGCAAUUUCAACAUUGUACAUUUGGCUCACAGCCUGGACAAGUCCUAGUCUUUCUCUACUCUCUUUUUUGAUAUUCAUUGUUGGGCUUAUGAAAUACGGAGAAAGAGUACGGGUCCUCUUCUUGGCAAGUGAAAAAACAUUUAGAGACUCAAUUCCAGAUAUCCUUACUGAUAAUUCUAAAAUAAUGGAGAAAUGUAAACUGAAGCAGUUGGAGGGAUACCAUCUCACAAAACAUCUGGUUUUUGAGGUCGAGGUACCAGAUCUUUCAACUAAUAAACCGUUGAAUGAUGUUCAUCCUGAUGCAGAUGAAUUACUUGAAGCGAAUCGCUUACUUGAGAUGGUCAAACGUCUCUUUGCAGAUUUCAUAAUAAGCUCUCAAGAUCGAGAUGUAAGCGUAAAAAUAUUCCAAGAGCUAUCUGCUCUACAGGCUUUCAAGGUUAUUGACAUUGAACUCGGUUUUAUAUACGAUUUCUUAUACACGAAGGCAAACGUAAUCUACUCUCGCUUGGGCAUCGCUCUACGAAUUAUUGCAAUCUUUAUCAUCUCCAUUGUAUUGGGGCUAUUUCUCAACCUCAAGGAGAGGCAUCAUCACUCCAAGAUUGACGUUAUUAUAACCUGGGUAUUGUUGGCCGUUGCUCUUUUUAUGGAGUUGUAUGCAUUUAGGGAAUUACUUAUCUCUGACCAGACCGCUUAUUGGUUAAUUAAGAAUAAAAAAACCACUUUCUUAGAAGUCAUAAAUCGUACUUUACGAUCUAAAGCUAUCAAAACAAAGAGGUGGUCAAAUUCCAUUGGUCAGUUCAGUCUGCUAAGCCUUGCCUUAAGCAAAAAAACCCUGCCUCUCUAUGGAAUCCUACAGAUAUUUGGCAUUGAUGAAAUGCUUGAGAUUCACUUAGCCAAAAAAAAGUUGAAAAAAGAAAAGCUGGAGAGUCAACCAUAUGAUAUUCCUCAGGAACACAGUAUUGAUAUACAAUAUUUGAUCUUUUGGGCGAUCAGGAAUAUUGUAAGGGAAUCGCCGGAAGUGAGUGGCUCAAAACUUGAAGAUUUGUAUGGUCUUAGGGGAGGCCGCACCCUUGAAAAGUUUCAACGUCGUGAUCUUUCUUGGAGUGUUGAAUUGGAGUUUGACCAGAGCAUCCUCAUCUGGCAUCUUGCUACAGAAAUCUGCUACUUCAAAGACUUCAUAAGUCCCAAUGGUAUUCAUGCACCGGCCAAUGAAAAAUCAGGCGAACGAGAACCGAAAGAAGCCUACAGUGAAAAAGGUUUACUGCGCCAAAGAUGCAAUUACCUAUCCCGAUAUAUGCUCUACCUUCUAGUAAAGCAUCCUAAUAUGUUACCAAUUGGGAUGGCACGUAUCAAGUUCCGGGACAUUUACACUGAGGUCGGAGACUUCAUUGAAGAACAUACUGGCGAAUCAGUUGAACACAUUGAACUAAAGGCAGCUUCAAAGAAAUUGAGUAAAGUGAAAUCCGAGGUCAUGCUAACAGUUGGAGGAAGGGACAGAAGUAGAAGGGAUAGAAGCAAUAAUGUGAUAUUCCAUGCAUGUAAGCUUGUUUCAGCAUUGGGCGAAGAUGAGAAGAAGUGGGAACUAAUUAAAAAUGUUUGGCUUGAAAUGUUGGGUCACGCUGCUAGCCAAUGUAAAGGAAGACUUCAUGCUCAACAACUUAGACGAGGAGGGGAGCUACUCACUCAUGUAUGGCUUCUCAUGGCACAUUUUGGCUUAAGUGAUCACUUCCAGAAAUCACGUAGCCGUGUAAUAGCUGAAACUAUUAUAAGAUAGGCUAAAAAAUAUUAUUAUUGUCUUUGUUUGUACUAACUAGUUGAUGUGAAUACACAGUGCAUUUUAAACUA